GUGGGAGAUUGCAAUGAAGUGCCGUUAUUUUUGGAAGGGACUGGAAAAGAGAAAGUCAGAGCCAUCAGGUGCACAAUUUAGAAAGACAAAAGAAGAAAAGGAAAACCAGAGGCCAAAGAUAAAGGUAUAACUUAAUAUGGUUACAAAAAAUAGUUUUUGUAAAGAAAAACUAGUAGUGUAAAUGUGUAAAAACAAACAAAAAAUAGGAGGGAGGGGGCGCCACAGCGUCGGUCCGCCCAGGGCGCCAUUGAAGCCAGAACCACCACUGCUUGUAGUUACUUGUUUAACUUAUCUGACACAAUGACAGGUAAGUGACCGAGUCCGAAUGAGGCUUGAGCAUAAUAAGUCUAAUCAGUAGUAAUUGCUCCACGUUUGUCCGCCAUGAUGGUGAGCAGAAUCCAGAAACAGACGGCCCAAAAUACAGUCCAGAAGACUAGAUUUGUCAUUUUUCAAGGUCCCCCAAAACAAAGACAGGUAUGUUAUAGAAUUAUAACACUGGUUACAAAUAAACAGGACAGUGGACAAGACGUAAAGUGUAUAUUGUGUGGGACUCCCACACAAUACAGCUUAAAGCUAAUUUGUUUCUCUGGGUGAUUAGUUGAAUUCAUGACAAGUCAGUGAUGAUGAUUUAGCCUUCAGUCUAUCAAAUGUAUUAGGACGAAGUGAGGGGGUAAGUCACUGUUGAAGCACUACACUGCUGAUGGGGAUGUCAUACAACUUCUUGUCAAAAAAUCGGAACUAUCCCUUUAAUCACGAGGCUUGACACACUAGUUUAAUUAAGACACUGUUUUUAAUAGGUAAACAUGAGACUGGGAAUAUUUCCCAAACUGGUAUGCAUUUACAUAAAAUUCGAUGCAGUUAUUAACAAAUAAAUGUUUUUUAAGUGUUUUUUUUUUAAAUCAUCAUCAGUGUUUGUCAACAGUGGAGCAGUUUUUCUUCUUUUUUGUUCAAUUACUUCUGACCGAACGGGCCACAGAUAAUAGACAAUAAUGAUAAUAUAAAAUACAAAAUAUACAGGCAAGGGUUUACGUCCUGUAAAAACAGAAAAUUGUGACGUCUGAAAACAUGUAAUCGCUCCCAACCAGGAGAUGGCAGUAUAGUCGGCUUUGUACUGGUUUGCUAGAUGCAGUGGGAAGAGGAUGAACAAUACUUCCGGGUUUCUUGUGUGACACAAGUGAGCUGACCGGCUUGGUCCUGACAGCUGCUAACACCUCGUGGUUCUGCCUGAAAAGAACCUUACGACAUCUUUUCAUUCGGCUUCUGUAUUUUCUGUUCCCGGGGAUGAUCUGUUCAGUGUUACAAGGCAGGUUAAGGUCCCACAUCCUGUCCCACAUAAGAGCAUCAUGCCAGCUCACAGGUGGACAGUUGUCUUCUGGUUCAUCCAGGCUCUUACCCCUCCAUCACAGCUGCCAUGCAUUCCUUAAUCCCCAAAUCACAGCUCACAAGAGGUACUCGGACUUAUCCACACAGAAAUUUGACGUGUUUUAUAAAUUCCCUCACAUGAAGCUCCUUCGAGCAGUCUCUAGGCUAAAAUUACUCCAAACCGGUAUCACUGUUGUUAUCCUGCCCCCGGUGUACACUCUGUACCUCAUGGGAGACGUUCCUCUCUUUCUUGUUAGCUACUCAACAGGAUUAGCUUUGUUUGCCGGUGUCAUGUUGUACACGGCCAGUUACUUCCUCCGAAGGGUGGUGGGCAUGAUGUACCUGGAUUCAACAAAAACCACGCUCAAAGUGUCCCACUUGACUUUCUGGGGCGGGCGCCAUGACAUCUACAUGCCCGUGUCAGAUGUCAUGACCGUUGGGGACACGGGGGACUCUUUCAAUGAGAGCAUACUAAAACUGAAGCGAUACAGCACUCCUCAGACUUUGUACUUCUCCACGCAUUUUGGACAGGUGGUGGACAAACAACAAUUUGAGAAGGUAUUUGGAAGUUUAAAGUGAUGCUGUUACGUCUCAAAGUAUGGAUGUUUGGUUUUAUUGGUACAUUUCAAUUGUUACUGUUCAUUUCAGCAGGAUGGUGACAUCUACAUGGAAACUAGUGUUUGAUGCACAGCAUACUGUAUGAUAUGAUUGGUUAGAUCAGGGGUGUCCAAAGUGCGGCCCGGGGGCCAUUCACAGCCCGCGGCUGUGAUUUUAUCGGCCCGCAGCACAGUCUAAAAAUGUAAUUUAACAAGAAAACUACAACAACAAAAAAAAAACACCAGCAGCAAAAAUGGGAACGUCAAAUAUUAAUUUAAGAGAAGAGUUGCAAUCUAGCAAGGAAUAAAAGCCAUCAUUUCACAAGAAUAAAGUCAUAGUAUGAGGAUGUCAAGAAAUGCCAUUUUAGUAGCAUGAAGUUGAAAUAUUAAAGAAACCUUUUUUUUUUUAAGUCAAAAACAAUGAAUAAAGUUGUCAUUUUUGGAAACUUAGGUUGGGGGAAAAUUUAGAACAUGGGAAUAAAGUCAAAAUAUCAGAAGAAAAUAUACAAGAAGAAAGUUGAGAUAUUUUGGAAAAAAAAUGGAAGAAAGAGAAAUUUUACCAGAGUAAAGUCAAAAUAUUAAGAGAAUAAAAUAGUUAAGAAAUAGUAAAGAAAAAAGUUGCAAUUUCAUGAGAAUAAACUUGUAAAAUGAGGGAAAAUAUAAUUUUUAGUAACAAUGUUGAAAUAAAGAAAAAAUACAUACAUUACAUACAUUCUCCUCAUUAGGGUCGCGGGAGAAAAAGUACAUCAUUUUUUAAAAGUUAUAAAAUAAUAGUUGGGAACUUAAAAAAAAAUUGGAAAAAGCAGAUAUAAUUUUAAAGCAAUAAUGUCAAAAUAUUAAGAAAAAAGGUCAUCAUCGUAUGAAGAACAAAAGUGGCAAUUUUACAAGAAUAAACUAUUAUGGAAAACAAAUCAUUUUUAGUAGCAUUUCACAUAUAUUAAAAAAUCUGAAAUGCAGUUUUUUCUCGAGCUACAUAUAGCUUCUUAGCAUAUCUCUAUUUGUUGGUUUACAUAAUAUCAAAGUGGCCCUUGCAUCCUUUCAUUUGUCAGAACGUGGCCCUCGGUGGAAAAAGUUUGGACACCCCUGGGUUAGAUUAAGGUAUUCCAAAACUGAUGUAAGCAGCUACACCUGCAGUCUUUUUUGCGCCCAAAUAUAAUAAUCUCUAAAACUGUAUUUGCACACGACCAUAUUGAUGGAAUACAUGGAUUAAAAAAAAAAAUCAUUAGAGCUGCUGUUAUUUUAUUUGUUUGGAGAACAAAAUAAAGUU